AUGUAACAAGCUACAAACUAAAAAAUAUUACUCAGUUAAAAUCAAGAAUUAGCUCCUAUGAUCAAUUUCACAAUCAAUAUAUCAAUCGAAUUGUAAAUAAAGAGAAGGCAAGUUCAUCGUGUUUAUGUUUUCACGAAUUUUGCGUGCCUAUUUUAGAAAGUAUAAAAAUAUUCGUCGUCAACAAAUCAUGAACUCAUGUAGUGAAGAACAUUUAUCAACCGAUGAAUCGCUUGAAAAAUUAAUUUAUAUUGACAAAACACCUUACACUGUGGUUGCUGAAGGCCAAGCUGAAGUUCUUUUUCCGAGUUCUCAUGAUGUUUUUUACAAUCCAGUUCAAGAGUUUAAUAGAGAUUUAAGCAUUGCAAUUUUAAAACAGUUCUCGUGUGAUGGCAGUUAUGUCAAAGAAGAUAGGAUUAAAUCUAGAAAGUUCACCGGAGAUGUGGAGUGUCCAAAACUUAAAGUAUUAGAAGCUUUAGCAGCUUCUGGGUUGAGAUCCAUACGCUUUGCCAAAGAAGUGCCAAAUUUAGAGCAAAUUAUUGCUAAUGAUCGAGAUAGGCAGGCCUUUGCUAGCAUUGAAAGAAAUAUCAAACACAAUCAUGUUGAAGAUAUUGUUCAAUCAAUUAAUGAAGAUGCAUCUUUGCUAAUGUACAAAAAUCGUCAUGUGAAGGACAGAUUUGAUGUGGUGGACUUGGAUCCAUAUGGAACAGCUUCUCCAUUCUUAGAUGCUGCUGUUCAGUGCACUAGCGAUGGAGGUCUUUUAAUGAUAACCUGUACUGAUAUGGCAAUAUUAUGUGGUAAUGGUAUAGAAGCUUGUCAUGCAAAGUAUGGAGCAGUAUCUGCUAAGAUUGGUAGCUGCCAUGAAAUGGCACUCCGUAUAGUCCUGCAGGCUAUUGAAUCACAUGCAAACAGAUAUGGAAGGUAUAUCGAACCAAUCUUAUCUCUCAGUGUAGAUUUUUAUGUCAGAUUGUUUGUUCGGAUAUUCACUAGCCCGAUUGCUGUAAAAAAUAGUGUUUGCAAGCUUUCUAUGGUUUAUAUUUGCAAUGGAUGUGAAUCAUACUAUUUACAACCACUUGGAAAAAAAUUAAAAACUGAGAAAGGUCAAAAGUAUUCACCUGGUACUGGUCCUCCUGUUGACUCAAAAUGUAUGAAUUGUGGUCAUUCGUUUAAGGUUUGUGGUCCUAUUUGGUCUAAAAAUCUGCAUAACAAAGAUUUUAUUGAAAAAACUGUGGAGACUGUUAAGGAAGAAGCUGAGCUUUACAAAACAUCCAAGCGCAUGUUAGGAGUUUUGAAUGUUAUAUUAGAGGAAUUGGAUGACUGUCCACUUUUCCAUAGAAUAGAACGCUUAUCGAGUGUCUUGCAUGUGAUAUCUCCUACAAAUAUUCAGAUGAGAUCUGCUAUUCUUCAUGCUGGUUACAAAGUUUCAAUAUCCCAUUGUUCACCAACUUCAAUAAAAACAAAUGCUCCUCAAGAAGUAAUAUGGGAUAUCUUCAAAUCCUGGGCAAAAUUACAUCCUGGCAAAAAAACAUUUGAGCUGGAACCAUCAAAAACAAUAAUGGCUAAUGAUUCAAAAACCCAAGUUUCAUUUGAAACUCAUCCAGAUGCUGAUCCUGAAUCUCGAAGCAAUCAUCUUCUCCGAUUCCAAAUUAACCCCACUCCUAACUGGGGCCCAAAAUGCAGAGCAACUACCAGUCUUUUUAAAAGUAAAGAAAAAGAAAAGCAGCUUAAAUCUCAAAACAAGCGUCAGAAGAAGUUAGAAGAGUCUCUAGUCAGCAAAAAGAUGAAAAAUGAAGAUUCAGAAGAGAACUCUUGUAAUUCUAAUUGUAACAGUUGAAAUUUCUUUUGUGAAUAAAUUUUAUUUUAAUAUAA